AUGCACGAGUACAAGAUCGUGAUACCCGUACCUGGGAGUACCGAGGAAGCAGCUGCACAAGGACAUGGUAUCCAUGGUGUCUUGCGCGUGUAUGGUCAACCUGAAGAGGCGUCUCUGCCUGCCAAUGGCUCAUGCGAAGGCAAGCCACUGGCCAUCUUUACACAUGGUCUUCUCUCGCACAAGAACGCGCUUUUCUUUCGCCCUAUGACAGGGAUGGUAGGCAUGGACUCCUUCCGAUGGGAUAUGGUUGGCGAAGGUGAAUCUCCUGGAGAUUGGAAAGCUGGUGAUUACCCUCGCUCCAUUGAAAUGCUUCGUCAUGUGGUUGACUACAUUACGAAAAGAUUUGGAUAUCACAUCGAUUUGAUGGUUGGCCACUCUAAGGGUUGUGUGGUAACCUCAGCCUAUGUGUCUCAGUACUGCUCUUUGGGUGCCAAGCACCGGGGUCAUCGGCCUCCGCGCCGUAUGAUUUUGUGUUCUGGCAGAAUUCGCAUGGAAAAUCUGCGCCGCAAAGAUGCUGUUUUUAAUCCUCAAUUUGAACGUCAUGGUCACGCUGUCAUCAAUGUCAAGGUCCGUGGUGUGAUGAAGGAAUACCGUAUAUAUCCAGACGAUCAUGAGUCCCAGUGCAGUUUUCCAACGCGUCAAUAUGUGCAGCAAAUUCCUCCUCAUAUCCGCAUUUUUAUUGCGCAUGGUACUCUUGACGAGGUGGUGCCUGUGGUAGAUGCUGGCGAUAUGGUCAGUGUCCUAACAUCGCAUCCAUAUCGUCAACCUGGCACCGUGCAUCUUGAGCUCAUCGAAGGUGCUGAUCAUAACUACCGUGGAGAGUACAAUGAUAUUCUUCUGAAGAAGGCGCAGCAAUGGCUCGAAUCAAGCGCUCUCGCCUUGGAGACUAGCAAACCUACCACGGCUGUACCUACACCUGUCGGUGUGCGCCGCGGUGCUUUGAUUGUAGUGGAAGGCCUUGAUCGAUCUGGCAAGUCCACUCAAGUGGAACGACUUGUCCAACGGUUGCAAGCACAACUUGUCAAGUUCCCUGACCGUACCACGUCGAUCGGCACGAUGAUCAAUUCAUACUUGACGCAACAAUCAGAUGUGAAUGAUCAAUCCAUUCACCUGUUGUUCUCUGCAAACCGUUGGGAAGUUAUUACAUCCAUACUUAACGCUUUACGGCGGGGACAGAAUGUGGUAUGCGAUCGUUAUGCUUUCUCUGGCAUCGCUUAUUCGCGUGCUAAGGGACUUGACCUCGAAUGGUGCAUUAGUCCGGAUGUCGGCCUACCCAUUCCUGACCUGACAUUGUUCUUGGAUGUGGAUGAAGCUACAGCUACAAAGCGCGCUGCCUACGGCGAGGAACGCUACGAAAAGCGUGCGUUCCAGAGACUUGUGCGCGAGGCCUUUUACAACGUGGAAACACUUGUGCGUUAUGCGGGUGCCACUUGGGUGCGGAUUGAUGCUGGUGCCUCCAUUGAUCAGGUGUCGGAGCAAAUCAUGUCUCAUGUGACAAGGACAUCGGAGCAUCUUCCUACCAACCUUAUGACCCUGAGUUUGGAUGUCAUGCGUCCCGCCUUGACCUUUGUACCCGACGCCAAUGAAAAGGCUAGUUUGUAG